AUGGAGAGCGCACCCCUUGAGCCGUUUACCUCACUCACCCCAGAGCUCGCGGAGCGGCUUCGCGAACAGACGUUGAACGUACUGUCGUACCUCGUGAAGACCAACUCUGCUACUACCUACUUCAAAGAAUCUGCCGUUCUACCGCAGUUCAGGGCUGCACUCCAUCUCACAGAUGGCCAAAUAGACCCUUUGGAUUUCUCCGCAACAGAGCUGUUUGAGAUCUAUCGCAACAACGUGGGGCUGAGCAUCUACGAGGAUUAUUUCCCUGUUAUCUCGCGUUUGUUCGAACGCCCAUGUAACAAGUCGUCAGUGGAGAACCUUAUGGCCCUCGGCCUUCCUGUCUUCAUUGCGCACUCAUCGGGCACCUCGGGGGGCGCAGCAAAGUACUUCCCUAAGUAUCGCCACCCAGAACACAUGUCAAGGGCGAUGGCUGAGACUGCCCGACUUGCAAACCCGCAGAGCAAUAACGCAGGAAAGAACUGUAGCUUGGUUUCCCUGGUUUCUCUUACAUACCGUCAGGUCGUAACUCCCCUGGACGGGGAUGGAGAUAUAGUCAAACACAUUCCGGUUUGCUUAGUGUCAAGUGGCUGCUACCGCAUAGAAAACAAUAUGCCCGUAGAGAAUGAUGCAUUCUCUGUCACACUAAAGAUUCCUCGUUACUCAUCGCCCAUCGCUGUCUCCUUAAUCUCCAACUACAAGUCGGUUCUCUUCAUGCAUGCUCUCUUUGCGUUGGCAGAGCCCAAGCUCGAGACCAUCAGCACCAUGUUCACCACCGCAUGUCGGGAUUUAUGUCGGACGAUUGACAAUCGCUGGGAGGAUCUCAUUCACUGCAUCGAAACAGGCGUGAUACCCGAUUUAAACGGAAUCGAAACUGUGAAGGAUAAUCUUCAGCGUUUCCUCCAGCCGAAUCCGGAUCGUGCCGAGGAGUUGCGCAGGAUCGGCAAAGCAACAGAUACCCCUGGAUGGUUCAGACAGAUUUGGCCCCAGUUGUGUGUGAUCCUGGCGAAUGGCAGUGGUCCAUUUGCCACCCUUAUCCCAGAGAUCCGGCAUUAUGCUGGUCCCGAUGUGUCCGUCCAGUCUGUUGUGAUUGCUAGCAGCGAAGCGUUUUUGGCCGUUGUGUACGACCCAAGGGACCUUAACCUGUACAGCGUUGUUGGUUCCGACGACGUCAUCGAGUUCCUACCUGUAGAAAAACCAGAGGAAUCCAAAUAUCUUGCUCAAUCGUGGAACGUCGAAUUGGGCAGGAAAUACGAAGUGGUUCUGACAACGAGAGAUGGAUUCUGGCGGUAUCGCCUUGGCGAUGUUGUUGAGAUCGCAGGAUUCAAUCCUCGCGACGGACAACCUCUUAUCAGGUACAUCGGGCGGCGACACAUGUACAUCCGUCUUGCAAACGAGGUGACAACGGAAACGCAGCUUCGCAAUGUCGUAGACGCCACGUCCGACCUGUUUGGAGGGGUUUCUGAGUUCUGCGUUUCCCCUGAUUACCGCCAGGUGGUUUCUCGGUACGCAUUCUUUGUUGAAUUGCAGGGCGAUCCUGGCGCAAACAUUUCUACGGUACCUACUGCAUUGCAUAAUCAACUGCAGCAACACAAUGAAAACUACCUGAAAGAUAGUCAAAUGGGGAGAAUCGGCGUUCCCUGUGUUCGGGUGGUCCGCCCGGGGACAUUUGGUGACUACAGAGGUUGGAAGGUUGCUAUGAAGGGUGCUGCCGCCGGUCAGGUGAAGGUGGCCGUGGUGAUCUGGGUCGAGGCGGACCGUGCGUGGCUGGAAGAACGAGUUAUGUAUGAUAUCUGA